AUGAAAUUUUCCACUGUUGUAGCUACUUCAUUGGCUUUCUUGUCAUCCACCGUCGUUUCAAAAGACGUUGCUUGUUUAGUUGAUGGUGCAUCCGUUGCUGUCGUAGACUUGGACACUGGUGUUUGUCCAUUCACCAUUCCAUCAGGAUUGCCAAGCCCUGUAUUCAAAUACAGUGCCGAUGAUGAUUACACUGCAUUGUUCUACUACUCCCUUGUUGAUGCUACCAAAUACUUUACCGAUAUUGUCAAUGUUGGAAACGUUAUUAGCAUUCCAGCAAAAUUAUUGUACGGAACAUCAGGUGCUCCAUUAUACCAAGUCCAAGCUCAAGAAGAACCAGCUUCAAACUCCACCGGUGCUAUUAGAAAGAGAUUAAUGAAGGGAAGUGACUUGACUUUAUCCCCAUUGGACAAGAGGGACGCUCAAUCCGUUGCUGAUUCAUUGAAGAGCAGAGAUGGUACCUUUAUUGCAAACUCUGCUUUUGAAGUUGUUGAUAUUAGCGCUGUAUCUUCCACAUCUUCUGGUGCUGGUUCUGCUACUAGUGGUGCAUCUAGUGGUGUAACUAGUGGUGCAUCUAGUGGUGCAACCGGUACUGAAACCAUCCGUUCAACUACUGUUUUGACUGAAACUGUUGACUGCUCAACCUCCACUGGUACUACUACCUUGCCAAAUGGUGAAACUUCUACCUUUACUUCAACAUCACCAAUCUUGUCCACCGUUACCGCUGAAGUUACAUCAGUUAUUACCAUCACCUCAUGCCACGAGGACUUGUGCCACAAGACUACCGUUGAAGCUACUUUGUCUGCUGCUACCAAGACUGUUUCUGGUAUCGAGACUAUCUACACCACCUACUGUCCACUCUCAUCAGUUGAAACUCCAGAAUCAACCAAGGUUAUCUCCACCACCGACAACGAAGGCAAACCAUCAACUGUUACUGCUGUUCCAGUUCUUACCACUGAAACUGUUAAUGGUGUCGUUACCGAAUACGUCACUUAUUGCCCACUUUCAUCUACUGCUGGUGGUGCUUCUCCAGCAACAAGCACCCCAGUUGAGACCACCACUUACACCUCCGAAGGUACUGCUGUCACUUCAACUAUUUACGGAACUUCAACUGGUACAGGUGGUGUUGCUCCAUCAUCAGUUCCUGUUGGAACUACCACUUACACCUCCGAAGGUACUGCUGUCACUUCAACUAUUUACGGAACUUCAACUGGUACAGGUGGUGUUGCUCCAUCAUCAGCUCCUGUUGGAACUACCACUUACACCACUGGCGGUAGUGUUGUAACAUCUGUUAUCUACGGAACUACUACCGCUGCUGGUGAAGGUCAAACUACUGCCGCUGGUGAAGGUCAAACUACCGUUGCUGCUGAAUCAAAUACUGCUGCCACUGGAACAACUGUUGCUGCUGAAUCAAACACUGCUGCAGGUGCAUCAUCCGUUGCUGCUGAAUCGAAUACUGCUGCAGGUGCAUCAUCCGUUGCUGCUCAAUCAAGUACUGCUUCUGGUUCAACCACCGCCGCUAUCUCAACCUAUGCUGCUGCUGCUGCUUCUCACGGAGCUACCUACUUGGCAUUGGCAUUGGUUCCAUUGGCUUACUUCUUCUAG